CUUAUGUCUUAUAGCCUAGAUUAAAUUAUAAGCACCUGUAGGGCAAGCUCUCUGUUGCUUUUCAAGUGUAUAUCCCUAGCACCUGGCAUUAGUUUCUUUAAAGUAGGCUCUUAAUGAAUGUUGAAUUGAAUUCUGCAUUUCAUUCUUUUUAGGUUCCAGGGGAGGGCAUGGACAAUAUUAUGAAUGAAGGAAAAACACAAACAACAAAUAUUUAUUUAGUAAAAGGCAUUGAUAGCAGUGUGGUAUAAUGCAAUGAGGGCAGAAAAUACCUAUGUUCUAGAACCAGUUACUAACUUGGAUAAGAAACAAACUUCUCUUGGCAUUUUUCUUUAUCUAUAGUAUACUGAAUCAACCAAUCAAUAAAAAUUUAUUAGUUGCUGAUUCAAUUCUAAUCUUUAACAGUACUAACACCUUUAUGGAUUACAGGAUUUACAAGAAUAUCCUACCUCACAGGAGGUCCUAGGUUCAAAUCUGGCCUCAUACACUUCCCAGCUGUUGUGGUCCUGGACAAGUCACUUCAGCCCCCAUUGCCCAGCCCUUACCACUCUUCUCCCUUGGAACCAAUACACAAUAUUGAUUCCAAGAUGGGAGAUAAAGGUUAAAAAAAAAAAGAAUAUCCUACCUCAGUAGAACAAGUGUGAUGAAUAGCUUUUGAUUCCUACAUUCUACAUUGUCUUGUAGACAAGUAAAGGUAGCUUCAUUUUAAUGAAUUGUCUGUGCUCAUUGGAUAGUACUGUUAGGAAUGUGCCACUACAUCCUCCAGUCAAGUUUUAAAAAUAAAACAAAGGAAAAACCAUUAUAUUACAUAUGGCUAACCAAGUUGUGGCAUAUGAUUUUGAUGGAAUACUGCUGCUCUGUAAGAAAUGAUGAGCAGGUUAAUUUUGGAAAAACAUGGAAAGACCUACAUGAAAUUAUGAAGAGUAAAAUAAGUAGAACCAAGAGAACAUUAUUUACAGCAAUAGAAAUGUUUGAAGAAUGACUUGUAUAUAUCCACCCCUAAAGAGCUGAUAAAUAGAAAUAAGACAUAGAUUUAUAUAAACAUAUAUCUUUUUGUUAAAUGAUACCUUCUGUAGCCAGGGGAGGAUGUGUGGGAAGUACUUGGAAAUUUUAAUGUAACAAACAAUUUUUAAAAUGAAAAAAAAUUAUAGGUGGUACCAUUUUAUUCAAGAUAUUUAGGCUUUGAUGGAGUGUGGGAAUGGGGAUUUUAGUUGAUUCAUAUUGUUGAACUAGUUUCACAACUCAUCUUUGCUUCAUACUUUGGUUCCCUUAAUAGUAAAAUUCAAUUCAGAAUCACAAUCUCAAAGUUGGAAAGGCCAUCUAGCCCAACUCUAAACAAGAAUUCCUCCCAAUUAAGCUGUCAUCUGGGCACGGCUAGAAGACCUCCAGAAUGGAGGGCAGGGGAGAUACCCCUUAAUCCCCAAAGUAUCCAAUUUCACCUUGGGACACUCCUCAUUUUUGGGAACUCAGCAUUUCUACUGGAAUUGAAAUAAAAAUAGCACUAGAUUAAACUCGAUUAAGACCUGGAUUUUGCAGUUUUUUCCAGGUCUGUUAAACUUUGAUUAAGUCUUGACUGUUUACAGAAGCAUUAUAGGUUUGGAGGAAACAAAGGCCAAAAUGAAACAUUCCAGGCCCUUAAGGAACUGACAUUCCAUUGGGAAGAAUUCAACACAGAUAAGAGUAAUUCAGAGUGAUCUAUAUGAGGUAGGAGAGAGCACUGACAAUUGAGGGACUUAAAGGAGGCACACAAGCUAACCUUGGACAAAAUAGGUUCUGAGAAGAGAGCUGGAGGAGAGGGUAUUGGAAACCUCGCAAUAGUGGGGUAGGCUGUCUUUACCAGAAGUGUCAAACUCAAAUAUAAAAGGGAGAGCUAAAUCCCAGCAGGCUACAUAUUGACUUAGAAAACCACAAAUUACCAUUAUCUACAUUUUAUCAUAUUCUUGUAUAUUUUGUUAAAUACAGUGCUUUCCAACUUAUAUUUUAAUCUGGUUCAGUACACACACUAGGGAGUUUAGCUUGCCUCCUCAGCCAUGAGUUUGAUAACCUCUGGCCUACAUACUGUAGAGAGGCAGAAAAGGACAUGUUUAGUUUGAAGAACAGAUAGUGAUACAGCUUGGGUAGUAUAUAGGCUGUAUUUUUGAAGGAGUAUAAUGUAAAAAAAAAGGCUGAAGCGAAGAGUAAGAUCUUGGAGAGCCUUAAUUAACAAGAUUUCUCUCUCUCUUUUUAAAAAAAUAAAAACCCUGGGGGCAGCUGGGUAGCUCAGUGGAUUGAGAGCCAGGCUUAGAGACUGGAGGUCCUAGGUUCAAAUCUGACCUCAGACACUUCCCAGCUGUGUGACCCUGGGCAAGUUACUUGAUUACCUUCCAUCUUGGAAUCAAUACUGUGUAUUGGCUCCAAGGCAGAAGAGUGGUAAGGGCUAGGCAAUGGGAUAACAAAGACAGAUAUUUCUUGCUCCAAAAUCUAAAUGUUAAUAGUUGGGGCAUCCAUCAUUCUGAACAUGCAACUUGAUUAUAUCUACUAUGCAACAUUGAUGUUCUUUGCUCUACCUGGAAGAGGCAGACUGUAGUAAUUGAGGACUGUAGGAAUUGGGGGAACUGGCUCCUUUAUUCAUUUGAUGUUGAUCCCAGGUCAAGUCACCUAACCUCUAAGCUCCAGUAUCCUAAUCUUUAAUAUGAGGAUUUUGUUGUUCAGACACUCUUCCUGACUCCCAUGGCCCAAAGUUUGCCAGGCUCCUUCACUAUCUUCUGAAGCCUGGUCAAGCUCAUGUUUGUUUCUUUAUCCAUCUCAUUCUCUGUCUCCUCCUUUUUCUUUUGCCUUCAUUUUUUCCCCCAACUUUAUCAUCUUUUCAGUGAGUCCUGUUUUAUCAUGAUGUGGCCAAAGUAUUUAAGUUUUGAAUUCAAUAUUUGACCUUCCAGUGAAUACUCUCAAUUUCUUUAAGCAUUGAUUGAUUUUAUCUCCUUGUUGUCCAAGAGACUCUCAAAAGCCUUUCCUUGCAUCAGAAUUCAAAAGCUUAAUUCUUCCACUCUCAUAGUCACACAUUAUUACUGGAAAAUCAUAGCUUUGACUAUAUGAACUUUGUCAGCAAGGUGAUGUCUUCUGCUUUUUAGUAUGUGAUCCGGAUCUACCAUAGCUUUCCUUCCAAAAAGCAAGUGUCUUUCAAUUUCAUGGCUAUCUCAAUAUUUAUAUAAUGAAUAUUAUCAUCAUUAGUGUUAGUAAUGCAAAUCAUAUUUUAUUGCAUCUAUUUUAAAAGUUACAAACCUUAAAAUUAAAACUCCAAGGACAUAUGAAUGAUUAUUGUGGAUAACAUGAAAUUUUUUGUGCUUUAUCUAAACCACACGAGAUAAAUACAAACCUGUGUUCUUGCUAUUUUCAUAUGUAUUUCCAUAUUCCAUGUGUAUUGAUUUCAUGAUGAUGCCAAUGAAUCUGCUAGUCUUUGAAAUUUAUUUUAAAAAUCUGCCAUUUCCCAAAUUCUUUGACUUUAAGGAAUUUUUUCAACGGACAAACAUUUGCAAACAGCUAAGUCUUACUCGGGAAUAGAAGGUGCCUGAUUACAUAUACCAUGAGUUAUUAACUUAGCCUAUGAAUUUGGAUGAGGGGGGGAAGGUAUCCUACAUCUUUAUUUUCAUUAACCUCAAAGUGAAAUUUAGCAUUUCUUCAAAUUAUUUGUGAGAAGGGGAUCAUAGGUUUUGCCAGACAGGUGUCUCUGAACACAAAAAUUUUAAGAACCUUUGAAUUCGACCAUUUCCAGAGAGAGAAUCUCCUGAUUCCCAAACAUCUUAUGGGUCUAUGCCACAGAAAGAAAAUAUUUUUUCCCCAACAAAACUUUCAUACACUCAUACGUAUAUGUGUGUGUAUGAAAUGGUGCAAAUAAAACCUAUCAUUAAAUGAAUAUUCAAAGACGUCUUCAGUUAGCAAAAAUGACCAGCAACUUGGUCAACUCUUUCUGAUCUAGCCGCUACUAUAUUCGCGCGUUCUGUUGCAGGAGCCCACCUUGGGAGGAGGUCGGGAUAGUUUUCGGGGAAAGGUAGGUUUGUUUGGCAUCUCGCUUGGGGGCGUUGAGAGGACUCCCCCAACGCCCUGCCUUUUGUUUCUUGGGAUACUCUCCUUGGAGCCCCUUUAGAAAAAAGUGGGUGGGAUUCCCGCGAGAAACAAUGCAGGGGGCAAAGGGAGUUUCCAAGUUGGGCCUGGAGAAGAAGGGCAGCCAGUCAGUGUGCGCGAAACCCGCGGAAACUUUUGUGGGCGGAUAACCAAGGGCAGCGGGGGAAUCCAGAAGGGCGCUCCUGGUGCAGCGCCCCGGGGCCAGGCUGGGGCUGAUAGAAAAGCGGCAGCAGCUGCUCUUUAAAGUACAACUCUAAAAGGUGAAGAGACACAUACAUACAUACAUACGCACGCACACUCGGGGGCAGGAGCGACGCCGGGGGCGUGGAAGGGAGCGAUCUUUUCACGCUGUCGGAAAGGGACGGCCACCGCUUUGGAAUGCUUUCAGUGUUGGCCAGGCACCUAGGAAACUGCUUCACGCUUUCCGCUUCAUCCUCCACAGCCGCAGGCGGAGGGCGCCUACAACAAGUUUCUCAGCAUCCCCUCGACCUCCUUCUCUUCCUCCGUAGGGCUCCGGCUCUUUGGCGACCUCCUCCAGCCUCGGAGAGGGGGUGGGGCGGGGCGGGGUAGGUGGAGUGGGGAACCGCCGACCCGUUAGUUCCUAGAAGCGCCACCUGGACGAUCGCUUCUGAGCCGCGGGGCUGGCGGCGUGCCAGGCUGGAGCACAGCGUUGGCGUGUCGCUGCGCCCCCUGGUGGCGAGAGUCGAGUACUGUCGGCGGCGCCGGCUCCUGACCCGGAGGAGGCGUCGGCGGCGGCGGCGGCGGCGGCGGCGGUGCCCGGAUGGAGGCACGUCAUUGUCCCCCGCCGGGCGGUUCAGGCUGUGUGCGGCGGCGGCGGCGGCGGCAGCGGCAGCGACGGCGGCAGCAGCAGCGGCGGCAGCAGCAGCAGCGGAGUAGGCGGCGGCGACGGCCGGACGGGGAUGGAGGGAGUGAGGAGCAGAGCCAGGUAAGGUGAACAAUGACUAUAGUUGACAAAGUAUCUGAAUCUUCCAACCCAUCAGCUUGUCAGAAUCAACCUGGCAGCUCAGUGGCACCUUCACUUGGAGACAUGGACUCAGGCUCUGCAAGUUGGGGAGCUGUAUCUUCUUUGACAGACAUCCCCAAACAUAAAAUUUCUUUAGGACCAGUACCUGGUGCUGCAAUAUAUUCUAAUUCAUCUAUAUCUGACAAACCAAAGCCAUCAGCACAAAAAGAUCAAUCUACAGGUGAUGGCAUUGCACCUCCACAGAAGGUCCUUUUUCCAGCUGAAAAAAUUUGUCUAAAGUGGCAACAAUCUCACAGAGUUGGAGCUGGGCUCCAAAAUCUGGGCAAUACGUGUUUUGUCAAUGCUGCAUUGCAGUGUUUAACAUAUACGCCACCUCUUGCCAAUUAUAUGUUAUCUCAUGAACACUCCAAAAUAUGCCAUGAGCAAGGAUUCUGUAUGAUGUGUACCAUGCAGGCCCAUAUUACCCAGGCACUCAAUAAUCCUGGCAAUGUCAUCAAACCGAUGCCAGUCAUCAAUGAUCUUCGACGUAUAGCUAAACACUUCCGUUUUGGAAACCAGGAAGAUGCCCAUGAAUUUCUUCGAUAUACUGUUGAUGCAAUGCAGAAAGCAUGCCUGAAUGGCAGCACUAAAUUGGACCGGCACUCCCAAGCUACCACUCUUGUUUGUCAAAUAUUUGGAGGCUACCUGAGGUCUCGAGUAAAGUGUAUGAACUGCAAAGGAGUUUCUGAUACCUUCGAUCCAUACCUUGAUAUUCCAUUGGAAAUAAAGGCUGCCCAGAGUGUCAACAAGGCCUUGGAACAGUUUGUGAAGCCUGAGCAAUUAGAUGGAGAAAAUUCCUAUAAAUGUAGCAAGUGUAAAAAGAUGGUUCCAGCUUCAAAGAGGUUUACUAUACAUAGAUCAUCUAAUGUUCUUACCUUAUCUUUGAAACGUUUUGCAAAUUUUAGUGGUGGAAAAAUUGCCAAGGAUGUGAAAUAUCCUGAGUAUCUUGAUAUUCGACCAUAUAUGUCUCAACCUAAUGGAGAACCAAUUAUUUAUGUUCUAUAUGCAGUGUUAGUGCAUACUGGUUUUAGCUGUCAUGCUGGUCAUUACUACUGUUACAUAAAGGCUAGUAAUGGACAGUGGUACCAGAUGAAUGAUUCCAUUGUUUCCACCAGUGACAUCAGAUCAGUGCUUAAUCAGCAGGCUUAUGUCCUCUUUUAUAUCAGGUCCCAUGAUGUGAAAAAUGGAGGUGAACAUACUCAUUCCAUUCAUACUCCAGGACAGUCUUCUCCUCGACCAGUGAUCAAUCAACGGGUAGUUAGUAGUAAACAGACUGUAUCAGGCUUUAUUGGACCACAACUUCCUCCUCAUAUGAUAAAGAGUUCUAAUCACUUAAAUGGGACUGGACCAUUGAAGGAAACUCCAAGUUGUUCUGUGGCAAGUGCUAGUAGUUCUAAUUUAAACAGAGCAAGUCCUGCUCCUGCUUCAACUUCUAUUCAAAACUGGACAGUUAACAGACCUUCAAUUAUUCCUGAGCCUCCUAAGAAGCAAAAAAUCACUAUCAGUAUUCAUAACAAGUUGCCUGUUCGACAAGGUCAGUCUCAACCUAAUCUUCACAACAAUUCUUUAGAAAACCUCAGCAAGUCCAUUCCCUCAUCUACCAUUACUAAUUCUUCUGCAUUACAAUCUACCUCAAAUGCAUCGACAAUGUCAGUUGCUACUAAAGUAUCAAAACAGAUCACACCUAGUGAAUCUUGUUCCAAGCCAGUAAUGAAUGGCAAGUCCAAGCUCACCUCCAGUGUGCUGGUCCCUUAUGGUGCAGAGUCUUCAGAAGAAUCUGAUGAGGAGUCAAAGGGACUGGGUAAGGAGAAUGGCCAUGCAAAACCUCUUAAUGGACUUCUGACUGGAAAUGGAGUUGGUAUGCUCCCAAAUACUUGUUCUUCCUGUCAAGAUGCUGAAGAUGAUGAGGCUUCUCAUCAUGAACUGCCAGAAACUGUGACAGUAAAUGGUGCUAAUAGUAUAGAGAAUAGUGACCCUAAAGAAAAUGGACUGUCAUUUGAUGAUCCCACUUGCCAAGUCAAACCUGCUAAACAUUCAGAAAAUCCCUUUUCCAAGACAAAUGGAUUACAUGGAAAGUUGAUGCCUACUCCCUUGCCUCCACUUCCAGAAGAUAGAAUCGUAGAGUCUUUCAGAUUCAGCAACAAAUUAAAAAGCUUGACUGAUGAUAUAAGUUCAACUGGAAAUGAGAAAUCGCCUGAAGAACAUGGUACCGAACUUGUGGUUGGUAGCAACAGUUCAGCUUCCUUUGAACAACUAGAGAAAGUUACUUCAAGUCUUAGCUGCAAAAUAAAGAAUAACUUUCCACCCUCGGAUCCUAAUGUCAUUGCUACCAAAGAAGAAAUUCCUGAAAGUAUUAUAGCAAAAACAGAAGAGUCUAUUCCUAAUGUCAUUAGUCAUUGUAAUGCUAACAAGAAAGCCAUUGGAGAUGAUCAGUUUCCCAAACAGUGUGAUCCUGGGAAUUUCACAGAUGAAAAGCUCCUACUAUCCCAAGAAGUAAAGGGAACAUUAAAGGAGAAUUCACUGAACUCUGCACCAGUGGAUACAGUGGAAAAAUUGAGCCAAACUCCCUCAAAUAAUUUUGACACUGAAUGUGAUAGUAAUAAACUCUUAGUAUUUAUUAGUACUGAAAAAUGCAAAGAAACAAAGGACCUUUCUAAAAGUAUAGACAUGUCUGCUAAUGAACUGUCUGCCACCCAAUUAGAUAAAAUUGUAGAGAAUCAUUAUUCAAAAGGGAGCACUGAACAAAGUAAUAGUGAACGAUGUGAAGAAAGUAAAGUUAGACAAAAAGUUCAGAGUAAUUCUCCAGUUAAGGAAAAAGGUGAUAGCCCCAGAAAAGUGGACAGAGGGCAUCACCAUAACCGAAGAGAACAUUCUUCCAGUGGAGAACGAACAAAGCAAAGCAGGAGCAAAACAGAGACACAUUAUUACAAAAAAAGAGUCUCCUAUAGCAAAGAGAGGACCAAAAAAGGCCGCCACAAAUCAGAACACUGUAACGGAAGCAAAUAUAAACCGUUUCAUAAUGAAAGCAGUAGCCCUGACAGUAGGUCCUUAGGAAAACAUAACCAUUAUCGGUCCAGAAGUAGAGGAAAAUCUGAUCAGGAAAGGGGUAGAUAUUACCAUUCUAAAAGUGAACGAUCUUGGAGUCGAGAGAAAUAUUAUCCAGAUGGAAUGAGAAGAUGGGACAAAUAUAGAUAUUAUAGUGAUUAUUAUCCUUAUUCUUCAAGGGAGGGUAGAGAGUGGAAGCCAUCUCACAGUGAUCGGGAAUAUGACAAAGCAAGUCAGUACAAUAGUAGAUCACACAAGGACUAUUAUAAAAGCAAAUGGGUUCAUGAGCCAGCACCUAAAGAGAAAGAAAGGCAUCACUUGAACAGUAAUAAAGUAGACCUCUCCCAUUGUUCAUCUCUUCCUCAACAUCCUGAAAAAUAUUCUCAUGACAAAAUUGCACUUGAAAACAGUUCAAAUCUUUGUAGUCAGUUUCAUGAGUAUGAAAGUGUGAAAAUGAGGAAAAGGAAAUAUGAUAGCAUAGAAAAUAGUGACAGUGACAUAGAAAAGAAAAUCCCCAAACCCUUACAAAAUGAGCCAGUAGAGGAGCAGAAAGUAAAGAAGCACAAAAAAUCGAAAAAGAAAAAGAAAUCCAAAGACAAACACAGAGCAAGAAGCUGCAAGCAUCAUCAGGAAUUGGAUCUUUCUGUAGUCAACUCCAAAGCUGACCUUCGCAAACACAAAAAGAAGAAGAAGAAAAAGAAGAAACAUGCAAAAAAAUCAGAGGACUAUAUUGAACAUUCAGAUCUUCAUGUACUCAAAAUUUCCUGCUCUGAGACUGAUAACAAAACUUGGGAGAAAAAGGACAAAUCUCCCAUCAAAGAUGGCUUGCCAUCUGAGGACUACCAGAAAUUUAAUAAACUUUCUCACGAGGAAGAUGAUGAUCACCCUGAGAAAACCAAACACUUAAGAAUGGAAAGCCAGGAUCAUAAAUGUCACCCAGCUGAGUAUGGCCAGGCUAAAGGCCUCCCCUCUCAUAAGGACUACAGUCAGAAGGUUUCCAGUAAACAGUUGGAUGACAGUUCUACAAGUACAGAUGAAUCUAGAUGGAAAGUGAAUGAAAACUCAUCCUCAAAAGAAAAAAUACACUAGUUACCGAUUCAGAGUGUUCAACUGAAGCCAUCCCCAACACAGCUUAAAUUAUAUUUAUAAAUAUAGAAAAUGAUUAACUGUUCAAAUCCAUAAGUGGUGCUUCUUCAGUAAAUACUGUACAGGAUUUUACCAUGGAAGAACUUUUUUUUAAUUUUUACCUUGAGACUUUUUCUUAAUUACCCUUAAUCCAAAUGGAUGAAAACUUUCUACAACUGCUGACCGUUGUAAAAUACCGUGUAUAUAAUCACAUUGAAAAUAAUGCCCUGGAAUAGAACAUCUCAAAUGCUGCUUAAUUACAGACUCAGGUUGAUUACUUGUAUUUCAUGUAAUGUUACUCCAAGUUAGACAUCUGGUGCAAGACCAAGCCAGGAAACCAUGGAAUUAUUUAAAAAGGAGGGGGUGGGAGGGAAGUGGGGAAGGGAAGAAAAGAAGAAAAAAACUGUGUAUAUUUAAUUUAAAGACUUAUUUAAAAAUUCACAAGCUCUUACCUAGAAUUUUGAGAGAGAGAGCUCUCUGUUUUCUGUGAUGUCUGAUACUAGAAACUAAUUUGCUUCACAUUUUAGUUGUAUUCAAGAUUUGAAGAUGUAUUUUAUAGACAAGUUCUGUUUCUGAACUUUGUGGAAACACACCAAUCAAUUUACCAGUUAUGAUGAGCAUUUACAUUAUGAAUGUAUAACCCAAACUUUAUUUGUAAAGCCUACAGUAUGUUUUUAUUACAUAACACUUUUUUAUACAGUCACUUGUCUUGACUAUACAAUAUUGGAGUCUGAGUUGUCAGUUUGGUCCCUUAAAGUUUCUAGUUACAGACAAAUUCAUACUGUGAUUUUAUUUUUAAUAUGGAAAUGCUAUCAAACUGUGAUAUACUUAUAAUUCACUGGUCCUGCAUCAGGAGAUGGAGUGGGGAAAACUGUAUUUAAUACAGUUUAUAUCUGAAUAAUCUGUAUGGUUUAUACAGUCUGUGUUGUUCAGAGAUGUCUAAAGUUUGAUCUUUGUUUUUUUAAAGAUUAUAAAAGCACUUGCCCCACUGUAAAUAUAUAGCAUGUAAAAUUUAUAUAGUAUAUAAAAUACAGCAAAGUCAAAACA